AGUCAAGACACUUAAGUUUCUUUCAUUCAUAGCCACACGAGCUCACGCCCUUUAACUAACUUCUAAUGCUGUUAUAAUUCACCCAAGCCCUGUCAGCGCCUACAGAGGACACCGAAGAAAGGUAUUCAGAAGCUACACGCAGUAAUCAGCCGCGGUCCCAGCCCGAGUGCCAGCCGAGACCAUGAAGGCAGCGGAACAGAAGCCCCGCCCCUUCCGUCCCGGGGGACUAACAGCCGUCCGAGGUCCGGGCAGUUUCCAAAGCCAACUGAGUGGAGCCGGAAGUGGGCGGCAGCCCCCCCCCCCCCCAACUACGCGGAAGCCUCCAUCCAACAUGGCGGACCUCAACCGCCAGCUGCAGGAAUAUCUGGCGCAGGGGAAAGCGGGCGGCCCGGUGGCCGCGGAGCCACUGCUCGCCGCGGACGAGGCGAAGGAGCCCGCGGCGGGGGCCGGGGCGUGGUUGGGCCGCGCGGGCCUGCGCUGGACGUGGACACAGAGCCCCGCGGAGCCGGCGGCGGGACAGACGUGUCUGCCCAGCGUGACGCGCACUCAGCGGCUGAUGGCGAGUGGCGUGUGCCUGCUGCUGGCUGCGCUCUGCUUCGGCCUGGCCGCACUCUACGCGCCUGUGCUGCUGCUACGCGCCCGGAAGUUCGCGCUGCUGUGGUCGCUGGGCUCUGCGCUGGCACUAGCGGGAGGUACACUCCUGCGAGGCGGCGCAGCGUGUGGACGCCUGCUGCGCGGCGAGGAGGCGCCCUCCCGGCCCGCGCUGCUCUACGUGGUCGCGCUAGGCGCGACUCUGUACGCGGCGCUGUGUCUGCGGAGUACGUUGCUCACAGCGCUGGGCGCCUGCGCACAAGUGGCCGCACUGCUGGCCGCGUUGCUAGGCGUGCUACCCCGGGGCGCGGGCACCGCUCUGCGCUUCACGCUCGGGCGCUUGGGCCCGGGCGCCGCCCUCGCCAAGGCGCUCCCCGUUUGAGGCUCGCGCCGUCGGAAGGACGCAGAAUCCGGCCCCGGGACACCACACGGAGCCGGUCCCCAGGAUGGGCCAUCAAGAGGACACGGGGAACCGGCUCUAGGCCCAGCGCCAGCAAUCCAAGGACUGCGCCCGCCCGAUCCCAGAUAGCACAGCGUAGAAGCUGCUCCUUUACUGUGCCAGCGAACUGUAAACUGAGACACGAGCAGUUUGGGAAUCUCCUCGAUUUCAGCAUUUUGUGCUACACUCGGCAGCAAGUGCUGUGAAAACCAGAUUUUGUUUUGAAUUGGUGGUACGCUAUGAAACAUUAGUGAUAAAUUGCUUUUGCGUUAACCGUGGUCUUAGAUUGCACUCAGUAAAAAAAAAAAAAGAGAGAGAGAAAAUAGCUUUUCCGUUUUGAUUGACUGCCCUUAUUUUCCCGGAUUUCUUUCACAUUUUGUCACCUAAAAAAAUCCAGUGGUAGAUCGCAGUAGUUUAGUUCCAGUAAAUUUGCUUUCUUUCGCUCUUGGGAGUUUUUUCUCUUAUUCUUCAACGUGAGUGUAUCCAUAGGAGUUAGCAGAUUAAAUGCUGACUUUUAGCCACUGGAAUUUUUUCAAGUGCUUUAGUUAAUACGGUUUAUCUCAGUUUUUUCUUACUUUAGUGAAAUUGUUAACAUGAUGUCUUAUAAGGUUAAAGACAGUUGAUUCUGCAUUACAUAAGGAAACCAAGGACCAAGAAGCAUGGUAGCCAGUAAGGUGCACGUAAAUGCUCAGAAGAGAUCCAUGGACAUAACUCAGCUAAGGAAACGCCUGAGACAGGAAGAUAAUUCCCCAUCCAGUUAUCCUAUUGGAUGGAAACCAUGGAUUUCUACAAGGUCUAGUUUUUCAUUCCUAAUUUUAUGAUGUGCUUUUUAACCAAUCUUAACGCAAUGUAAGGUGCUUUUCAUAUCUAAUUGCCAAUUUUUCUUCAUUUUUAGAUUUAGCACCUUGCUCUAGGACUUACCUUAAUUUAUUGCCAGAAAGACUGGGCUCAGUAUUCUGGUUAAGUCCAUAAAUAAGACAACGUUUUGUCCCUAGCUACAUAUUAACUAGGAAAUAAGCUGUAUUUUUUAAGUUUUAAUUCUAUGCCAGUGGUUCUCAGUUCACAUGAUUACUUGAGUCAAAUCUCAGUUCAGUCGGAAUCUCUGGGCUGGGUGGGGGGAGAUUGGCAUUAGUAUUUUUUUAAGCUUCCCAGAUGAUUUCCUUUUUCCGCUAAGGUUGAGAACAACUUGAAAGUAAUUGUUUCCUGGGACUGGAUUAGCGUUGCUUAAACAGGUUGUCAGGCAAGAGAGUUUUGCCUCUUGCUCCAGCCUCAAAAUUUAUAUUUAUAGGCCUUGAUUAGUGUCCUAAGCCCUGCUCCAAGAGGUGGACGCUAAAGUAGACUUACUUCCAUCCCCCUUGUUUUGAAAGAAGGAUGCUUCUCCCCACUGUCGUUUAAUAGGGUUACCUACCUCAAGAGGCAGAACUACCCGGUGUUUGUAAAAGCAUAUCCACGGUUUGGGGGGAAUGAUUUAUUUUUUUGACUGGAAAACGUAACCAUUGGCUGCUUUUUCUACCCCCUAGUUAAAUCUGUAUUUUAGUUCUAAAUUUUAGGCUGACGAUUUUACCGACUUCAGCCCAUUUUUAUAUUGAUGCUAUUUUUAAAAAUUGUUUUUCCAGCAUUUUCCCAAGAAUUCACUGUUGGGAAAUCUGUUUUUAUAAAAUUCAAAGCACAAUAUAUUGUAUGUAAUUUGACAGUGAUGAUUUAAAAUGCAGAUAUACACAUUAAGUAAUAAAUAAUGUUGAGUUCUCA